GAUAAGGUAAUGACAGUCAUUAACGGUUAGAUGACUGGCAAGUCCUGAAAGUCCAACUUGAGAUAAAAUUGCAAAGCCAAACUGGGGGGGGGUUUGUGUUUGGCAUGGAGAUAACAAGGACUCUCCUCCCUUCCUCCUCUUGCUCUAGUCUCCACCUCCGCACUCCGCUCCUCCAUUUUCACGUCUCGCCUUCGCACCCACAGUCGUUACCCCAGGAUGUCCUUCAGUCUCAGACCUCACUGCCCAUUCCAUCUCGCACCCGCUUCCGGAAACCUCUCGCCGCCUCCGAUGGCACCACUUCCGCAACUAAGGUUGCUGUGGAUGAUCCCUCUCUUGCUGUGAAGAAGAAGGCAAUGGAUGUAUCACCAGAACUCAAAGGAACUACCAUAUUCCUUGUGGGCAUGAAGAGCUCCAUAAAGACCAGUUUGGGGAAAUUCCUCGCCAACUUGUUACGAUACUAUUACUUUGACAGUGAUAGUUUGGUUGAGGAAGCUGCUGGCACUCAAUCUGCCACCAAAUCUUUAAGGGAGACUGACAAGAGUGGUUUCCAGGAGUCCGAGACUGAAGUGUUGAAGCAAUUAUCAUCCAUGGGUCGGUUAGUGGUCUGUGCUGGAGAUGGUGCAACUCAGAGUUCAACAAAUCUGGCUCUUUUAAGACAUGGGAUCACGAUAUGGAUUGAUGUACCUUUAGACAUUGUGGCCAGGGGUGUGGUCGAAGAUCAAACUCAGCUCUCUGCAUACGAUCUAUCUACUUCCGUAUCCUAUCCAGAGGUUUUGACUCACCUAAGUACUUCAUAUGAAGAGUUGAGAGGUGGAUAUGCAAUAGCUGAUGCAACCGUAUCUCUUCAGCAAGUAGCAGGUAAGUUAGGUUAUGAUGAAAUCGACGAUGUAACCACCGAAGACAUGGCUUUGGAGGUUCUCAAGGAGGUAGAGAAAUUGACCAGAGUGAAAAAGAUGAUGGAAGCAGCAGCAAGACCUUUUUAACAUUCCAUACCUCAUAAGGUGGCACUGCAGGCUAUGCCAAAAAAAGAAGAAGGUGGCACUGGCAGGCAUUUUCAUUAUGAGUAACUAGAUUGAGAUUGUGGUGUAUGAUGACAUUAAAGGUUGUUAAUUUGUUAAAAAAGAAAAAACCAUCUAUGCUCUAGCCUGUAACUUUCUUUGUUAAUUUUAUCUGUUGCUUUAGUA